AGACGCGCGACGCGCCGAUCAUGCUUGGGACUGUUAUGGUUGGGCCGCUCCAAAUUCGGACCCACGAUUCGGCUGACGGUCGGUACAUUCAUUCUGCCCCGUCUUGGCCAUCAUGUUUUGCUAUUAUCCUCUGAGGGCACGGAGUUGGGUACUUAAAGGGGUCGACCGUCGCCGACUCGAAGCACCAUCAUCACCAUCAUCAUCACUCCCAACAUAAGCUUCGCAGCAGCCCAGCAUCCCAACAAAGCAAGUGACCUCAAAAAAGAAAACCGACCGAGUCUUCUCUUUCUCGCAAGCAAACAAAAACCUUAUCUCAAGGCGAUCCCAAUACCACAACAAGAUCAAAAAAAAUGAAGGCCAGCGUUCUCGUCACCGCCCUCCUUCCCCUCGCCUCCGCCUGGAAGCUCCAGCUGUGGACCACCGACAAGCGCCACGUCACCGCGCACGGGACCACGAACAGCGGCUGCAAGAACCUCGCCUUCAGCCCCGUCCUCAACGUCAACAAGCUCAAGUUCGAGGAGUCCGCCUUCGCGGACACGGUCGAGCUCUACGUCAACAAGAACUGCGACGGGCUGAGCUACCGCAACGACGGCGGCACCUACAACAUCAAGGCCCGCAAGAUUCGCAGCUACAAGGUCUACUGAGCAAGCCGUUUUCUUUUUGCUGCCAUCCAUGAGAGUGAGCGGCGGGAUAGAGAAUGGGUUGAGUCGGAUGAUUCAAUUCGGUUUUCAUGUGCUUAACUUAAGGUUGGGGUUUGGGUUGGCAU